UUAGCUCUGGAGUUCAACAGGAAGUGCAUAUGCUACGUAGGAGGCUAUCGUUAGCAUUACAGUUGGUACAUAGCAGGUGUUAGCUAGCUUAACUAGCGUAUCAUUAGCCUUCUGGAUGCAAUGGCGACAAACCAAACAAGAGACAAACAAACGACUUUAAAACCAAACCAAGACGAGAGAAAGAAGCAGAAACACCCAAGACGUCUCUACUUCUGCAGCAAGGAUCUCUAGAUAGAUAUCCAACAUGGGUGGUGUACAGGCAUCGGAAAAAAUGGCUAGAGAUGAUUUGGAACGUAUGAAGUCAUAUAAGACCAUCAUUGGGAAAGUGGCGCGCAGAUAUAAUGACAUUGAGCCAGCUCUCAUCGCUGCCAUCAUCUCCAGAGAGUCCCAGGCCGGUAAAUCCAUCUCCGCCACCAAUGGUUGGGGGGACAAUGGUAAUGGCUUUGGACUGAUGCAGGUUGAUAAGAGACAUCACAUACUAAGAGGAGCCUGGAACAGUGAGACGCACCUGGACCAAGCCACUAAGAUCCUGGUUGACAUCAUUGAAGAAGUCCAGCGGGAUUUCCCCGGUUGGAGCCGUGAAAAGCAACUGAAGGGAGCGAUCGCGUACUACAACAAGGGACCUCUUGUCCUCGGAUAUGACAAUGUGGACGAUAUUACCACAGGCGAAGACUACUCCUCUGAUGUCGUUGCCAGAGCCCAGUUUUACAAACGAACGGGUUUUAGAGAAAUCACUCUUGAGCAGCCCAAAAGCUAA